ACUUAAUGUCAAGCGCGUUAACCUCAAACAAAUCAGUUUUGUUUUUUACUGUAAAUUUAUAAAUGAAUAGAUCUUAAUAAUCACGAACUAAAUCAUACCUUUGUAGUUAAAAGUCUAUUUUAUACAGUGAAUUCAGUAGCAGUACUGUGAAUUAGCUAUGGAUGGUCCACCAGGGACCGGAUCUACGAAUAACAAUGCUUCGGUGGGGCCUCCACCGGGGAUGCCAAACUUUCCUCCGAUGCCGCCACCACCGGGAUCUAUGGGACCGCCACCGGGGUCCAUUGGACCGCCACCAGGAACUAUGGGACCGCCACCAGGAACUAUGGGAGCGCCACCAGGAACUAUGGGACCGCCACCAGGAGCUAUGGGACCGCCACCAGGAGCUAUGGGACCGCCACCGGGAUCCAUGGGGCCUCCACCAAUGGGUCCGCCUGGACCACCACCUGUUAGCUCGUCUGGUGGACCUCCAAACAUGCCGCCGGGAAUAGGUCCACCUCCACCAGGAAUGAUGCCUCCGGGUAUGGGACCACCGCCAAUGGGGCCGCCUGGAAUGGGUCCACCUCCAAUGGGCCCCCCGGGUAUGGGACCUCCUGGUAUGGGUCCACCCGGUAUGGGACCUCCCGGAAUGGGUCCUCCCGGAAUGGGACCUCCAGGAAUGGGUCCACCCCGAAUGCCACCAAAUAUGAUGCGUAAUAAGAAUAAUUAUAAUAAUCAAAAUAUGGACAUGGGACCACCUGGGAUGAGACCACCUAUGGGACCAUGGGAUGGACCACCAGGCCCACCUGGUCCACCUGGCCCCCCUGGGCCUGGGUGGGGAAUGCAAAGUGAUGGUCCGCCAGGAUGGAAUGAUCAAGAUGAUGAUGAUGAAGAAGAAGAAGAAGAAGAUGGGGAAGAAGAUUUAUCCUCUGACCAACAUUCUUCUCUGCCAUCACUCUUGACCAUGAAGAUUGAAACACCAGAAGAAUUUAAAAAUAAACAGGGAAAUGCUGGAGGUGUAGUACUCCCAAAGGCUCUGGAAGAAGCUCUUGCUUACAAAGACCAAAGACAAGCAGCUCUUGGUAGUGAAGAAGAUAAAGAAACAGAUGUGCAAAAAGACAUGGAAGCACCGCCAGCUCCAGUGAUCAGUACGGAGUAUGACGUGGAAGAGGAUGAACAGUCAGACGAUGAAAACAUUCCUGAUCCACCGAUGCCACCAGUAAUUUCCAAACAAGAGUCCCAAGCUAGCAAAUCCAAUAAAAACAAAAGAAAGAAAAAGAAAAAGAAGCUGGCUAAACAGAAACGCAAUGAAGAGUCUAAGACAAAGAACAACGCACAAGAAGAAAAGAGAUCCAGUGACAAAGAAAAUGAAAAAGAAGCAGAUAUUGAAUACGUGCAAGAAAACAUACAGUUUCAUGAAAUGGAACCAAUGUACCGCCAGUUCCAUCGGAUACUGGAAGCAUUUAAAAUUUCGGAGAAAAAGGAAGAGACGAUCAAAGAUGAGGGUAUGGAUGCUCCAAAACCAACAAAACAUCAGGAUAAAGUGCAGGACCAGUUCGCAGCGGAUGAUGAGGCAGCUGAGAAAAACGCAGCCGACGAAAAGGAGCGCCUAUCAAAACGCAAAUUAAAAAAAUUGUCGCGUUUGUCAGUGGCCGAACUGAAGCAGCUAGUGGCUCGACCCGACGUCGUGGAAAUGUACGACGUGACCGCGCGGGAUCCCAAACUACUUGUCCAGCUAAAGGCACACAGGAACACUGUCCAAGUACCCAGACAUUGGUGUUACAAGAGGAAGUACUUGCAAGGAAAACGCGGUAUAGAAAAACCUCCCUUCGAUCUACCGGACUUUAUAAAGAAGACAGGAAUCAUGGAAAUGAGAGCAUCGCUGCAGGACAAAGAAGAGACUAAAACCCUUAAAGCGAAGAUGAGGGAACGUUCUAGACCGAAAUUGGGCAAGAUCGAUAUUGACUACCAGAAAUUGCAUGAUGCCUUUUUCAAAUGGCAAACAAAACCGCGUAUGACAAUCCACGGAGAUCUGUACUACGAAGGCAAGGAGUUCGAGACUCGUCUGCGCGAGAAGAAGCCCGGAGAUCUGUCCGAAGAACUGAGAACUGCUCUCGGCAUGCCCGUCGGGCCCGGCUCACAGAAGGUACCACCGCCGUGGUUGAUCGCGCAGCAGCGGUACGGGCCGCCGCCCUCGUACCCGAACCUCAAGAUUCCCGGCCUCAACGCGCCCAUACCCGAGGGGUGCGCCUUCGGCUACCACGCCGGGGGGUGGGGCAAACCGCCCGUCGACGAAAUGGGAAAACCGCUCUACGGAGAUGUCUUCGGACAUCAGACGAGUGGACAAGAUGACGGCGAAGACGUGGACAUCGACAGGACAAUGUGGGGCGAACUGGAGUCUGAAUCAGAAGAAGAGUCGGAGGAGGAGGAAUCGGGCGAGGAGGGCGAGGCAGAGAUGGGCGGGGUCGGCACUCCCGCGGAGGGACUCGCCACGCCGCUCGGACUCAGCUCCGUGCCGCCCGGACUCGAGACUCCCGACAGCAUUGAACUCAGGAAAAAGAAACUGGACUCCGAUCUUGACGGAGGAGAGACUCCGGCUCUGUACCAAGUACUGCCGGAGCGCCGCGUGGGGGUGACGUCAGGGAUGAUGGCGUCCACGCACGUGUACGACAUAAACGCAACGAACCCCGUGAAGCGAGCGGGCGCGACCUCGACGGGUCACGGCCCGGCGGGCGGCGUGGAGGUCACGCUGGACCCCUCCGAGCUGGAGCUGGAGCCCGAGGCGGUGGCGGCGCGCUACGAGCGCCAUCUGCGCGACCAGCGACCCAACACCCACGAGGACCUCUCCGACAUGCUCGCGGACCACGUGGCCAGGCAGAAGAACAAAAGGAAACGUCAACAGAACACGGACUCAAAACAUGCGAAGAAAUACAAGGAGUUCAAGUUCUAGUGAUUCCAGACUUAUCAUUACAUUUAGUAUUAAGUAUUAUUGUGAAUAAAGGGAUGUGUACUAUGCGUUUCAAAUAAUAUGUCAAAGUGACAAACGAAUUUUGGGUUUUGCUCUCUUUCUUUAAAUA